AUGGAUGGAGAGAUGGUGGUGGACCCAGAAAGAGAAGAGAGAGGAGAGGAAAAGAAUAACAUUAAAGUUGGAGAAAAAGUGUUAAAGGAAGAGGUAGAUGAAUAUCUAAUGAAUAAGAUGUUAAUGCUGGAGCAGCUAUCAGGCAGGUUCUGCACUUUGGAUAAGACAGGAGUCAAACCUGGAGAAAGGGUUGAAGGGACAGAAGAGGGUGGUGAGAAUGAAAGAGAAAGAGAUAUGACAGGAGAAAGCGCCGUGGAGCGAGAUGGAGAGAAGGUUGGAGAGAAAGAGGAUCAGACUGAAACAGAGACGCGUACAAGUCCCCGACCACAGAAUGUAGAUGAGAGAAAGGAACCGGACCAGACAAAGAACGAGACGUCCCAAGAGAUGGAAGAAGAGAAAAGCGAGAGAGUAGAAAGAGGGGGAUAUGAAGGUGGGAAGGUGGAGGAUAAAGCAAGCAAGAAGGAGAUAGAGAUUCUUGGAGAAAGAGAAGAGGAUCAUUUUGGGAAGAAUACCGACAAGGAAGAGAUAGAAACAGAAGUCAACAGAGCUAAGGAGCCAGAAGAGAGUGCCACCUAGCUUUAGCUAAAAAAAUACAGUAUAUGGCUGUGUAAUUCUUCUGACAUUUAUAACCUAAAGCAACCAACAGCUGUAACACUAACUCUGUGCUUGCUACUCUAGACCCUUCUACUUUCCUUUCUUGUCUUUCCUUUCCCUCCGUCCUUCCUUGUUCCAUUGCUUUGUGUCCUAAUAUAUAGUCAUAUAUUUAUAUAUAUAUAUAGAGUCUUAAUGACUAGAACCUAGAAGACACACUCCAGUUCCUUUCUGCUUUGCUACAGCAGCUGACAUCACAAACUAACUGAUAUCUUGAUCUUUACCAAGAGCAACUGGGAUAGCGCUAUGAAUCCAAUCAACCAAUCAAUCAAUCAAUCAAACACUAUUUCUUUCUCUUUGCUCUUUGGCUCUUCUCUGCUCAUUCAAAACUGUUAUACUCACGUUAAUGGAUGUGUUACACACAGAAACAGAAGGCUUUUGGGGAUUGCCUAAAAGUUGUGUAAAUCCAAUCAAUUGUGUGUGUGUGUGUGUGUGUGUGUGUGUGUGUGUGUGUGUGUGUGUGUGUGUGUGUGUGUGUGUGUGUGUGUGUGUGUGUGUGUGUGUGUGUGUGUGUGUGUGUGUGUAUAGAGGUACUCGGCGGUGUCACUGCGCAGUAUCACCACUGAGGUGCUGAAGGUGUUAAAUGCGACAGAGGACCUACUCCAGGGGGUAGAGGGGGAUGACUACACCACCUCACUGUCCCCCAACACUGACACAAAGAGGCUGGACGAACAACUCAGCAAACUGGAGGAGAACGUCAGUUUGUCUGUCUGUUCUUUCAACAUAUCUUAUAUUCAUUGUGGGUUUAAGAAUGGUGUGUGAUGCUAACCUCUGUUAAUAUUAUACAACUGAAAUGACCACAGUCAGUCAGUCUGUCUGUGCCAACUGAACUGUGCCCACCAGGUGUACAUGGUGGCGGGCACGGCUUACGGCCUGGAGGCGGAGCUUGGCGACCUGGAGGAGUGUGCCCGGGCCAUCGGCAGUGCCACCUCAGACCUGGAGCUGUACUACCUGGAGGAGCAGGUGGCAACGGCUGCUGCCCAGGUGCAGCAGUCUGACCUCCAGGUGUGUGUUCAAGUCUGGACGUCCUCUGUGUCUCAUACAGUGCCUUCAGAAAGUAUUCACACCCCUUGACUUUUUACACAUUUUGUUGUGUUACAGCCUGAAUUUAAAAUGGAUCAAAUAGAUAUUUUUUUGUCACUGGCCUUUUUGAAAUUUUUACAAAUUAAUUAAAAAUGAAAAGCUGAAAUGUCUUGGGUCAGUAAGUAUUCAACACCUUUGUUAUGGCAAGCCUAAAUACACUAAAUUACCAAAAGUAUGUGGACACCUGCUCGUCGAACAUCUCAUUCCAAAAUCAUGUGCAUUAAUAUGGAGUUGGUCCCCCCUUUGCUGCUAUAACAUCCUGCACUCUUCUGGAAAGGUUUUCCACUAGAUGUUGGGACAUUACUGUGGGGACUUGCUUCCAUUCAGCCAUGAGAGCGUUAGUGAGGUCGGGCACUGAUGUUGGGAUAUUAGGACUGGCUUGCAGUCGACGUUGCAAUUCCUCCCAAAGGUGUUCGAUGGGGUUGAGGUCAGGGCUCUGUGCAGGCCAGUCAAGUUCUUCCAAUCCGAUCACGACAAACCAUUUCUGUAUUGACCUCGCUUUGUGCACGGGGACAUUUUCAUGCUGAAACAGGAAAGGUCCUUCCCCAACUGUUGCAACAAAGAUGGAAGCACAGAAUCAUCUAGAAUGUCAUUGUAUGCUGUAGUGUUAAGAUUUCCCUUCACUGGAACUAAGGGGCCUAGCCCGAACCAUAACAAACAGCCCCAGAUCAUUAUUCCUCCUCCACCAAACUUUACAGUUGGCACUAUGCAUUGGGGCAGGUAGUGUUCUCCUUUCAUCCGCAAAACCCAGAUUCGUCCAUCGGACUGCCAGACGGUGAAGCGUGAUUCAUCUCUCCAGAGAAUGCGUUUCCACUGCUCCAGAGUCCAAUGGCAGCGAGCUUUACACCACUCCAGCCGAUGCCUGGCAUUGCGCAUGGUGAGCUUAGGUUUGUGUGCGGCUGCUCGGCCACGGAAACCCAUUUCAUGAAGCUCCUGACGAACAGUUAUUGUGCUAACGUUGCUUCAAGAGGCAGUUUGGAACUCGGUAGUGAGUGUUGCAACCGAGGACAGACGAUUUUUAUGCGCUUCAGCACUCGGUGGUCCCGUUCUGUGAGCUUGUGUGGUCUACCACUUUGCCGCUGAGCCGUUGUUGCUCCUAGACGUUUCCGCUUCACAAUAACAGCACUUACAGUUGACCGGGGAAGCUCUAGCAGGCAGAAAUUUGACGAACUGACUUGUUGGAAAGUUGGCAUCCUAUGACGGUCCCACGUUGAAAGUCACUGAGCUCUUCAGUAAGGCCUUUCUACUGCCAAUUUUUGUCUAUGGAGAUUGUAUGGCUGUGUGCUCGAUUUAAUACACCUGUCAGCAACGGGUGUCGCUGAAAUAGCCAAAUCCACAUACUGUGGACUCACUCUGUGUGCAAUAAUAGUGUUUAACAUGAAUUUUGAAUAACUACGUCAUCUCUGUACCCCACACAAUUAUCUGUAAGGUCCCUCAGUCGAGCAGUGAAUUUCAAACACAGAUUCAACCGUAAAGACCAGGGAGGUUUCCCAUUGCCUCACAAAGAAGGGCACCUACUGGUAGAUUGGUAAAAAAAAAAAAAGCUGACAUUGAAUAUCACUUUGAGCAAGGGGAAGUUAUUAAUUACAAUUACAUCAAUACACCCAGUCACUAUAAAGAUACAGGCGUCCUUCCUAACUCAGUUGCCGAAGAGGAAGGGAACCGCUCAGGGAUUUCACCAUGAGGUCAAUGGUGGCUUUACAACAGUUACAGUUUAAUGGCUGUGAUAGGAGAAAAAUGAGGAUGGAUCAACAAAAUUGUAGUUACUCCACAAUACUAACCUAAUUGACAGAGUGAAAAGAAGGAAGCCUGUACAGAAUAAAAAAUAUUCCAUAACAUGCAUCCUGUUUGCAACAAGGCACUAAAGUAAUACUGCAAAAAAAUAUGGCAAAGCAAUUAACUUUUUGUCCUGAAUACAAAGUGUUAUGUUUGGGGCAAAUCCAAUGCAACACAUUAUUAUUAUGUUAUGGGUAUGCUUGUAAUUGUUAAGGACUGGGUAGUUAUUCAGGAUAAAAAAGAAGCGGAAUGGAGCUAAGCACAGGCAAAAUCCUAGAGGAAACCCUGGUUCAGUCUGCUCUCCACCAGACACUGCAGGACAAUAACCUAAAACACAAGGCCAAAUCUACAAUGGAGUUGCUUACUAACAAGAAGACAGUGAAUGUUCCUAAAUGGUAGAGGGCAGUUUUGAUGUAAAUCUACUUGAAAAUCUAUGGCAAUACCUGAAAAUGGUUGUCUAGCAAUGAUCAACAACCAAUUUGACAGAGCUUGAAGAAUUCUGAAAAGAAUAAUGGGCAAAUGUUGCACAAUCCAGGUGUGGAAAGCUCUUAGAGACAUACCCUUAAAGACUUAAAGGUGCUUCUAUAAAGUGUGAAUACUUAUGUAAAGUGGCUUGCGAAAGUAUUCACCCCCCUUGGCGUUUUUCCUAUUUUGUUGCCUUACAACCUGGAAUUAAAAUGGAUGCUUUAGGGGUUUGUAUCAUUUGAUUUACACAACAUGCACUUUGAAGAUGCAAAAUAUGUUUUAUUGUGAAACAAACAAGAAAUAAGACCUUUUGCAGUAAUUACAGCUGCAAGUCUCUUGGGGUAUGUCUCUAUAAGCUUGGCACAUUUAGCCACUGGGAUUUUUGCCCAUUCUUUAAGGCAGAACUGCUCCAGCUCCUUCAUAUUGGAUGGGUUCCACUGGUGUACAGCAAUCUUUAAGUCAUACCACAGAUUCAAUUGGAUUGAGGUCUGGGCUUUGACUAGGCCAUUCCAAGACAUUUAAAUGUUUCCCCUUAAACCACUCAAGUGUUGCUUUAGCAGUAUGCUUAGGGUCAUUGUCCUGCUGGAAGGUGAACCUCCGUUCCAGUCUCAAAUCUCUGGAAGACUGAAACAGGUUUCCCUCAAGAAUUUCCCUGUAUUUAGCGCCAUCCAUCAUUCCUUCAACCCUGACCAGUUUCCCAGUCCCUGCCGAUGAAAAACAUCUGUUCUCAGGGUGAUGAGAGGUGUUGGGUUUGCGCCAGACAAAACGUUUUCCUUGAUGGCCAAAAAGCUCAAUUUGAGUCUCAUCUGACCAGAGUACCUUCUUCCAUAUGUUUGGGGAGUCUCCCACAUGCCUUUUGGCGAACACCAAACAUGUUUGCUUAUUUUUUUCUUUAAGCAAUGGCUUUUUUCUGGCCACUCUUCCAUAAAGCCCAGCUCUGUGGAGUGUACGGCUUAAAGUGGUCCUAUGGACAGAUACUCCAAUCUCCGCUGUGAAGCUUUGAAGCUCCAUCUGGGUUAUCUUUGGUCUUUUUGUUGCCUCUCUGAUUAAUAUCCUCCUUGCCUGGUCCAUGAGUUUUGGUGGGCAGCCCUCUCUUGGCAGGUUUGUUGUGGUGCCAUAUUCUUUCCAUUUUUUAAUAAUGGAUUCAAUGGUGCUCCGUGGGAUGUUCAAAGUUUCUGAUAUUUUUUUAUAACCCAACCCUGAUCUGUACUUCUCCACAAUUUUGUCCCUGACCUGUUUGGAGAGCUCCUUGGUCGUCAUGGUGCCGCUUGCUUGGUGGUGCCCCUUGCUUAGUGGUGUUGCAGACUCUUUCAGAACAGGUGUUUAUAUACUGAGAUCAUGUGACAGAUCAUGUGACACUUAGAUUGCACCAAGGUGGACUUUAUUUAACUAAUUAUGUGACUUCUGAAGGUAAUUGGUUGCACCAGAUCUUAUUUAGGGGCUUCAUAGCAAAGGAGGUGAAUACAUAUGCAUGCACCACUUUUCCGUUAUUUAUUUUUUAGAAUUCUUUGAAACAAGUUAUUUUUUCAUUUCACUUCACCUAUUUGGACUAUUUUGUGUAUGUCCAUUACAUGAAAUACAAAUAAAUCAAUUUAAAUGACAGGUUGUAAUGCAACAAAAUAAGAAAAACGCCAAGGGGAUGAAUACUUUUGCAAGGCACUGUAAAUUAGAUAUUUCUGUGUUUCAUUUUCAAUAAAUUUGCAAACAUUUCUAAAAAACAUGUUUUCACUUUGUCAUUGUGGGGUAUUGCUUGUAGGUGGGUGAGAUGUUUUAUUUAUUUAAUCCAUUUUGAAUUCAGGCUGUAAAAUGUGGAAUAAGUCAAGGGGUAUGAAUACUUUCUGAAGGCACUGUAGCUAGCUAGCUAGUGUCCAAAAUGCCCCUCUAUUCUCUAUGUAGCCCAUUCGGUGAAAAUAAAUACAUUUAAAAUAUAUGACAUUCUGUGUACAGUGGGGAAAAAAAGUAUUUAGUCAGCCACCAAUUGUGCAAGUUCUCCCACUUAAAAAGAUGAGAGAGGCCUGUAAUUUUCACCAUAGGUGCACGUCAACUAUGACAGACAAAUUGAGGAAAAAAAAUCCAGAAAAUCACAUUGUAGGAUUUUUAAUGAAUUUAUUUGCAAAUUAUGGUGGAAAAUAAGUAUUUGGUCACCUACAAACAAGCAAGAUUUCUGGCUCUCACAGACCUGUAACUUCUUCUUUAAGAGGCUCCUCUGUCCUCCACUCGUUACCUGUAUUAAUGGCACCUGUUUGAACUUGUUAUCAGUAUAAAAGACACCUGUCCACAACCUCAAACAGUCACACUCCAAACUCCACUAUGGCCAAGACCAAAGAGCUGUCAAAGGACACCAGAAACAAAAUUGUAGACCUGCACCAGGCUGGGAAGACUGAAUCUGCAAUAGGUAAGCAGCUUGGUUUGAAGAAAUCAACUGUGGGAGCAAUUAUUAGGAAAUGGAAGACAUACAAGACCACUGAUAAUCUCCCUCGACCUGGGGCUCCACGCAAGAUCUCACCCCGUGGGGUCAAAAUGAUCACAAGAACGGUGAGCAAAAAUCCCAGAACCACACGGGGGGACCUAGUGAAUGACCUGCAGAGAGCUGGGACCAAAGUACCAAAGCCUACCAUUAGUAACACACUACGCCGCCAGGGACUCAAAUCCUGCAGUGCCAGACGUGUCCCCCUGCUUAAGCCAGUACAUGUCCAGGCCCAUCUGAAGUUUGCUAGAGUGCAUUUGGAUGAUCCAGAAGAGGAUUGGGAGAAUGUCAUAUGGUCAGAUGAAACCAAAAUAUAACUUUUUGGUAAAAACUCAACUCGUCGUGUUUGGAAGACAAAGAAUGCUGAGUUGCAUCCAAAGAACACCAUACCUACUGUGAAGCAUGGGGGUGGAAACAUCAUGCUUUGGGGCUGUUUUUCUGCGAAGGGACCAGGACGACUAAUCCGCGUAAAGGAAAGAAUGAAUGGGGCCAUGUAUCGUGAGAUUUUGAGUGAAAACCUCCUUCCAUCAGCAAGGGCAUUGAAGAUGAAACGUGGCUGGGUCUUUCAGCAUGACAAUGAUCCCAAACACACCGCCCGGGUAACGAAGGAGUGGCUUCGUAAGAAGCAUUUCAAGGUCCUGGAGUGGCCUAGCCAGUCUCCAGAUCUCAACCCCAUAGAAAAUCUUUGGAGGGAGUUGAAAGUCUGUGUUGCCCAGCGACAGCCCCAAAACAUCACUGCUCUAGAGGAGAUCUGCAUGGAGGAAUGGGACAAAAUACCAGCAACAGUGUGUGAAAACCUUGUGAAGACUUACAGAAAACAUUAGACCUGUGUCAUUGCCAACAAAGGGUAUAUAACAAAGUAUUGAGAAACCAAAUACUUAUUUUCCACCAUAAUUUGCAAAUAAAUUCAUUAAAAAUCCUACAAUGUGAUUUUCUGGAUAUUUUUUUCUCAUUUUGUCUGUCAUAGUUGACGUGUACCUAUGAUGAAAAUUACAGGCCUCUCUCAUCUUUUUAAGUGGGAGAACUUGCACAAUUGGUGGCUGACUAAAUACUUUUUUCCCCACUGUAUUAUGGAAUGUAUUUUGAAUGUGUAUAUAUAAAUGUAUGUAAAAUGUAUAUCACAAUAUGUGUUAAAUGCAUCGGAAAAUUUAUUUAAUGUAUUUCAAAAUACAUUACAUUUUAGACUAUAUUUCAAAAUAUAUUUAUCGAUUAUAUUUUUUAAAGGAUUUGGAAAUGUCUUUUGAAAUAUAUUACAUUUGAUUGUAUUUGUAAGAAAUAUAUGUUUACAUUAAAAUGUAUGGCAAUAUUUAAAUCAUAUUAUAACGCCUCCAACAAGCCACUCCUCCAGAUCCUCUAAUAGGCUGCCACAACUACAAUAUAUUUUGUCAAAAUGUAUUUUUAUUGUACUUGACACAUACCAAAAGCACUAAAAUACAUUUAAAUGCAUUUCAAUUACUACGAAAAUUACUACAAACAUGAUUUAGAUAGAGAUUCAGAGUGUUUAAUAGUCACAUGUACAGGGUUGCAGGUGUGAUUGCAGGGUACAGUUAAAAUCAUAGGCUUCGAGCUCCAACAUGCAGGACUCAGUGAAAUAAAAUAAUGAAAAUGGUAAUAAUAAACAACAACAAUAGAAAUAACACUACAUACAUCAUACCAACUGUAGCAGUGAUGAAUAAAUAAAUGUCCAUUGGGGUGGAGGCAGAGUAUAGACUGUUGAGGGGGUGUGGGGGAAUGACCAUAGGGGGCAGCAUGACCAUUGAGGGGAACAAGUUAAAUAAAAAUAAUAUACAUAUUAACAACUGCAACAGUGAUGGCCAUACAUUAUCGGUCAUGUAGUGACUAUAAUUUGUCAUUAUUUAAUUAAGCUGAAGAGAGAAACUGACCACGCAUUUUGUAUUUUUAAGUCUCUUGAGAUGGGAAAAUAGUUUUUUAUUGAACAUGUGCUCUUUAUGACAUAAUGUUAAAAUUAGGUGAACUCAAAAUACUGUAUAUCUUUUUUUUACUCACCAUAACAAUUUAAAUUAUAUCACUGCCAAGGUUUUGGGUUGGUUGCCAAAAAAAAUUAUCUCCAUUGAUCAAUACAUAAAGAGUAAUUUAAGAAUCCUCUGAAGGGCCAAACUAUGUCUUAUGCUGAAUUAGGAACCACUUUGGCCACCCUGUAAACUAGAUGUCAUAGCCAUGCAUUUCUGGAAUUAUCAGGCAUUACAUGCAUUUGAGCAAAGUAUAAUAUAUUGAAAUAAAUAAAAAAAUCUGAUGGGAGUGCAAGACUUUUGACCCGAGCCCUUUGUGGCAUUUAAGACGCAGUCUUUUGCUUAGAAAAAAGGAGAAAGAAGGGGAUUUUACUUCAGGUUUUACCUCGGGAAUGGUGAAAUUAGAAAUAGAAAAUGGUAUGUUUGAAUGUUGGUGAUUGUCACAUAAUGAAAAUGUUUUAAAGAAAGAAUUAGAAAGUUGUCCUUAUGAUUGACAUUAAAACAUUCACAUUAAAUUGUGUUUUUUAAGUCCUUUUAAGUUGAUCUGAGUCAGAGAAUAUUAAUAUUUCUACUUUGUUGUAGGUGUCGGACAUCACAACCAGGAUCGCAGCUCUGAAGAUCGCAGGUCUCAACAUAGUCCCACAGAACCGCUUUUCUAAGCCCAAGAAACAGCCUAAGGUACUGGACCAGACCAGGCCACUUAGGACUAGGACCAGGAGGUUUUCCUGAUCAGCAGUUUGGGGUCAGGAAAAACUCAGGGUCCCAACUUGUCACUCACUAAAAAUGUUUAACAAACACAUACCGUGUGAUUUUCUAAUAAACUAAUCAAGUGUCACGUGACUCUCUGCAGCCACAAACAUUUGACUCGUCACGUCAAACGAGGAGGCGGCUACCUGCUCCACCCUUGAAGGGUUAGAUAUACAUACAUACAGUAUGUAAUUAUAUAUGCCAUAUAGCGGUAACUGCCAAAAUAAAGGAAACACCAACAUAAAGUGUCUUAGUAGGGCGUUGGGCCACCACGAGCCAGAACAGCUUCAAUCCACCUCGGCAUAGAUUCUACCAGUGUCUGGAACUCUAUUGGAGGGAUGCGAUACCAUUCUUCCAUGAGAAAUUACAUUUUUGGGUGUUUUGUUGAUGGUGGUGAAAAAUGCUGUCUCAGGGGCCGCUCCAGAAUAACCCCUGCCAUGACCCCAUAAGUGUUCAGUUGGGUUGAGAUCUGGUGACUGAGACAGCCAUGGCAUAUGGUUUACAUGCUCAUCAAACCAUUCAGUGACCACUCGUGCCAAAAGAUAAUGGCCUGCCCAGCAUUUUUAUACAUGACCCAAAGCAUGAUGGGACGUUAAUAGCUUCAUUAACUCAGGAACCACACCUGUGUGGAAGCACCUGCUUUCAGUAUAUUUUGUAUCCCUCAGUCACUCAAGUUUUUCCAUUAUUUUUGCAGUUACCUGUAUAUGCCAAGAUAGUCACACAUUUACUACAUUCACAUUAGUUCCUGUUUUCAAUAGUGUGUGGUCUCAUGUUUUGUAUUUUGACCCACAUGCCUUAUCUCUUCUCAGAUAAAGAAACCUAAGCCGGACUGACCAGGCAUGUUGACCCCUGCCAUGACCCUUUAACUCCCCCCACACCAGUGCCUUGAGCCCCUUGUCCAGUCAGGAUGGUACCAUCAGUGUCCAGUAAGAGGGGUGCUAUCUGCCUUUAACCAACCACCAGGACACUACAGAGUACAGACUGACAGUUUUACCACUACUUCUGGCACUGUGGAUAAAGACGAGAGUUGUACAUUUCUUUAUAAUAAGAGAUGAAAAUAGUAGCUACAUACUUUAUGUAAAUUUGAUGUAAAAAAUAAAUGAAUUAAGUUAAGAAACAAAGCAGUGGUUUUAUAGAAUCUUUAUCUUAAAUAUGCUGUUGAGUGAAAUGUCAAUCAUCUCUUUGUUAUUGGACCUUUCAACCAAUCGGUGACCAGAGCCAUUUUUAUAUAGCAUAACGAGAACGUUGUUAUGACGAAUGAGAUGUAACUAACAAGCUGUGUGGCUAUUGGCUGAAAGGCAAGCUAUGAUUUAUACUACUGCUUGUUUUAACAUGUUUUUAACAGUUAA